GCGCGGCUACCUGCGCUCAGAUUGGGAUUAGGAUUGAUGAAGGGCUUGAAUUAGAGCCGGCUGCUGGUCUCGCUGCGGGACGUUUUGGAUUUGACGCCUGAGGGGCUGCAGACGAUGCCUGUCCGGGGAUAUUCAGCCGCUUUUCUUCCUGUGUCUCUGAGGGUAUUGCUUCUUGUGCUCGCAGGGUCUCCGGUCCAAAGCCAGGAGGAUUCUCAAUCCGACAACAAAGUGAUGGACAACAUCACCGCCCGGCAGGGAGAGACGGUCUUCCUCAGGUGUGAACAGGAGGACGUUGUGACACACGCAGCAUGGCUGAACCGCUCCAGUAUACUUUACGCCGGAGAGGACAAAUGGUCGGUUGACCCCAGAGUGAGUCUGGUGACCCUGAACCAAGAGGAGUUCACCAUUAAGAUCGAAAACGUGGACAUGGCAGAUGAAGGACAGUACGUGUGUGCAGUCCAGACCAGCAGACGGCCCAGAACAACUUCAGUUCAUGUUUUAGUCCAAGUGCCUCCAAAAAUCAUCAAUCUUUCGAGGGAUCUUGUGGUGAAUGAAGGAUCUAAUGUGACCCUGCUGUGCCAAGCCGGCGGGAAACCGGAACCUUCCAUCAGCUGGAAGUUUAUCUCCAGUCCAGGGGAUCUGGCUUCAGAUGAUGAGCUGCUGGAAAUCUCAUCCAUCUCCAGACAGAGGGCCGGGGUGUACCAAUGCACGGCAGUCAAUGAUAUCGACACAGACGUACAGACUGUAGACAUCACCGUCAACUACGCUCCGAGCGUUUCAGACGGCAGAGAUGCUGGAGUGACUCUGGGUCAGAGAGGAGAGCUGGAGUGUGAGGCGGAUGCUGUGCCGGAGGCAGACUUUGAGUGGUACCGAGACAACAGAAGGAUCUUUAACGGCUUUGAUGGCAUGGAGAUCAUCAGCAGCGGCUCCCUGUCUAAGCUCACCUUCUAUAACGUCACCGAUGGGGAUUAUGGGAACUACACGUGCGUCGCCAUCAACAAGCUGGGCAGCUCAAACACCAGCUUCCUUUUGUAUGCGGUAAUUCAGCCCACUAGCUCCACACUGUUACAAGGACCGAGGGCAGUCCAGGACGGCAGCGGAGGCGCCAAGGUCGUCCAUUUUCACACCUGUCUCCUCCUCAUGGCAUUUCUGCCCUUCCUGCUGCGUUUUUAAAGAGGACUGGAUUUGAAAACUAAUGUUUGGUUUGGAGGUGUGUGUGUUUGAGUGUGUGCGCACCUUUUUUUCUUUCCUACCAGAAACUUUAACUGAUGCACAACAGAUGAUCCUGCUAAGCACUGAUUUUACCCACUUAGUUCUGGUUGUUUCUCUCUUUUAUUUUAACUGAACUUUUUCAAUAUUUUUGUCUAAAUUAUAUAAGUUUGUGUUUUUAACUGUUAUUGAAAUGUCUCUAUUUUAUUGCAGUGGUUCUUUUAUCUUUAACCCCAUUGAAUAUUAUUCUCAGCUGCAUUAAAAUGCAAAUGUCCAGCCGGUGUGAGAGGUGAACGAUAAAUACCUCAAAAUGACAGAGUAGAGCUGAGAACCAGACUUUAUCUUAUUAUAACGUAUAAAUAUCAUCAUUCAAUCUGUUUGUUGCAACCAGAACUGUUUUUGACUUUAAAGUAUUUUUCUUCUCAGCGUCGAUAUAUUAUUAUAAUAAAAUGGGAGUUGUGUAUUGCUAAUCUUUAUUUUUUUCGUUUUCUGAGAAUAUUUAGUCUUGAAUAUGUUGAACAUGAGAAAACAUGCAGUUGUAAUUAUUUCCAUCAUGGAUUCUUUGUUGUCUUUUCUUCUCCUCCAGUAUAACCUGUACACACAAGUGUUAAGUAUGUUCAUAAUAGUAUGAAGUAUUUAGAAAUGGUGACAGAGUUUAUUUCAUUUUUUUGCAAUGAACAUUUCUGGAUGCUUAAUGUUUUACCUCAUGUCAUUUUUACAUAAUGAAAAA